AUGGCAGGGAACAGCCCCAGCCAAAUGUCACUGGUGACAUUCCCAGAGGCUUCCCAGGGUGUGAUCUACAGCGACCUCAGCUAUUCAGUGAUCCUGCAAUGGGUGACAACAAUGAGCCCCGAGCCCAUGCUGAGCUGGACCCUCGAUGGGAGGCUGUGUGGGGCCGGGGAGAAGCUGUUCAUCCACCAAUUGUCCUUGGAGCAACUGGGCAUGUACAGGUGCACGGCUCCAAACAGCGAGGAGCAGCUGGUCUCUGAGCCUGUGAUGGUGUCAUUGCCACAACCCACAGUGGCUCCCACAGCUGCUGAGCCCAUGGAGCCAGACCCCACCCCGUCCCUAGAAGGAGGAUCUGCCAUGGGCCUUGUCGUGGCCGCCACUGUGGGAGGCCUAACGCUAGUUGGAGCUGCUUGCUUCUACCUUGUCCAGAGCCUAAGGUACCUCUGCCCUCACACCUGUGCACCAGAUCCAGAGGUCACUCUGCGUCAAGGCCAUCCAACUGCCGGGUGUCAGGUGUCUCACACCUGCCUAGUGCAGUGCAGGUACCUGGAAGAGACUCUGGUCCGUGUACCAUCUGGGGACCCGGACUUCUUCCAGCCUGUGGCCCUGAUACCACACAUAAUCGUGAGACCCCCCUGA